CAUUAUUUUCCCAUCAAAACGCGGGAUAAAGUUGUAAGGAUUUUGGUGUUGGCAGUGAUGUGGAAAUGGAGAAGUUUUUAAAGGGCAAGGACAAUGGCGAAGAUUGCGACAUCGUGGAUAACAAUAAUGGAGAGGAUAAUAUACCACGCAAGAGGACCAAAUAUGGUAUGGUAUGGGUGUGGGAUUAUUUUCAGAAGUCUGCGGAAACCCCACCCACUUUUCGACUUUCUUCAAAAGAAAAAGUCUGAAAAAAUUGGUAGUAGUCGAGUCGACUCAAUACUGGGACUAAAGCAAUAUUUUAACAUGGAAAAUAUCGAUCCGAAUACAUCUCCAUUGGAUUACUGGAAGAUCUCAACUGAUAACGUAUUUAAAAGAUGCGUGAAGAAGUUCUGCGUCCCAGCAACGUCCACAGAGAGUGAACAAAUGUUCAGCAAAGCUGGACACGUCGUUAACGAAAAAAGAAGUUGCCUUAAAUCGCAACAAGUAGACAUGCUGCUUUUCAUUAAUAAGAAUGAUUGGAUAAGAAUGAUUGGAAAAGAAUGAUCUCGUGAAAUAAAUUUAUCGUUUUGAAGUAGU